AUGAGUGUCACCGGUGGCGACACUCUGUCGCCUGCGCUUCUGUCGCUCGUCAAUUCCUUCUUGAAUCAGCAUGGUUUUGAAUCUACGUCCAAAGCCUUUGCGAAGGAACUCAAAAAGAAAGGUCUGAGCGCGGAAGCCGAUCCACACGCGGAAGGCCCGAAGACCACACUGGAACAACUAUAUUCGGGAUGGAACACAAAACCUUCAAGCGCAAGCGGCUCUAAGAGCUCGUCCAUUUCAAGUUCGUCUAGCUCAAGCAGCAGCAGCGAAGCCAGCGACGACGAAGCCACAAGCUCGUCCAGCAGUUCAUCUAGUAGCUCGUCAUCUUCCAGCUCCGAAUCAGAAUCCGAUAGCAGCAGUAAGCGGAAACCGAAGACGAGAGCGGUCAAGCUACGACAGAAGAAAAGCAGUUCUGCGUCAAGUUCUUCCUCCAGCUCUUCCUCCAGCUCUUCCUCCAGCUCCUCAUCCUCAUCUUCAUCCUCCGACAGCGACGCGGACGAUGAGCAAGAAAAGCCUGCGAAGGUCAAGAAAGUCGUCAAAAAGGUUGUUGCGGAAGUUCCUGUCGCGGCGAAUCCUUUGAAACGCAAACAGCCUGAAAGCUCAUCUGAUUCCUCAGCAUCCGACUCAGAAGCGUCAUCAAGCGUAGACCCUCCAUCCAAGAAAGCGAAGACGACCAAAGACAAAGCAUCAUCUGUUUCUGAAUCAUCUGCAUCAGAGUCCGAUUCACAGUCAAGGGACGACAAAACUGCGACCCUGAAGGAAGCAGCCGCCACUAAAUUGCCCCCAAGCUCAGACUCCGACUCUAGUUCUCAAGAAACGGACUCCAGCUCAAGUUCAGGCUCGGAUAGUGAGGCGGACCACCAAACGCCGGUGGUGAAUGGAGCGUCAACCAAACCGUCAAAGGCAGCGCAGCUGAUCUUAGCCGACUCGAAGGGUCGAUCCGGCUCAUCGUCAUCCGGAACCGUCGUUGGCGAUGACAGAACCUCCCCAGAAACGGUGGAGCAGCCCAGCAUGCACCCCGCGAGACAGCAGCUCAUGAACGGCGACAAGAAGAGGCACGAAGGCGCCCGACCAACGCGACUGGCGCAGAUGUCAGCACAGGCGAAGGGAGAUGAGCACCUCAGCAACGCCUACAUUAGUUACGACUACGCGGACCGAGCAUACAAAGAUCUGUCGGUCACCAGAGGCAAGGGCUUUACCAAGGAGAAGAACAAAAAGAAGCGAGGGAGCUAUCGAGGAGGCAUGAUUGACAUCAGUGGGGGCAAGGCGUUCAAGUUCGACGAUUGA